AUGUUUCGCAUACCUGGAGCUGGCGGCCAACUCAUUGCAUCAUGGGAUCUCUGCGAAGACAAGCACACACCCAAGUUUCAGGAGUUGCGAUAUCAUUUUCUUCCAGAGCCGACCGAAGCAGAACGUGAGGUUAUGGAUACAUGUCUCACGAGCGAACACAUGGUGGAAUCACAAUCCACAGGUGAAACCUUUUUGGUCAAGUGUUUCAGACAGACUAUGGACGGUAUUGCCGUAUUGCAAACAAAAGGUGUAAUGGCGUUCAGGGUAACCCCCAAGGGAAAUUCAGUGUACACUCAAGACAUUGUAGAUCUCACCAUUUUCAUCUCAAAGGCUGAAGCAUUCUGUGUCCGUGCUAGCUCGUUUCCUGGCGUGAGCCCUAACCAUGUCUAUAUCUUGGAUGUCAUGGAGAUUUCAUUUUUCAAGCUUCCUGAUUCUUCCAUCACAACUCUUACUGAAAGAAUCAUGUCCCUUACGUUUUCCACCUCAAAAUAUAGAAUAUUAAGUUUGGGAUUGAGUUGA